AUGUCUUGUGAUCCAAGCUUGCUUUUGUGCCUGCCCGAUGAUUUGUUUGGCAUGGUGUCGCGGUUCCUCUUGCCCAGAGACGUGUGCAAUCUCAGUCUCUGCUGCAAGAGUCUGUAUGCUUUUGCAUCCUCUGAAAAAGUGUGGUUCACUCAGUGUGACAUGAUGGAGGUGGUGCCCCACAAGGACCUUGUUGAGUGGAGAGAGGGUGUGUCAUCUUACAAGGCACUUUGCCGUUUCCUUUUGAGGGUUAAACCGUUGCUUGGAAUAUGGGUUCAUCAGAACCCUGAGCUUGGUAACCUUGUCUAUGUAAUGCCUGGUUUUGUUUCCGUUGUCGGGUGCCGGAUAAUUCCUCAGGAGCUUGGUCAUUUAGGGAUUCAAGAUGGUCCUAUCCAAUGGUCAUCUGUGUUUGAAGUUAUCGGUGAUUUUGAUGGUUCAACUACCUUUUUUCUCCAUGGAAGAGAAGAGGAGACAGACUAUGUUCAUCGUGGCUCGGUCAAGUAUAUAGAUGAGUGUUGCAAUGUGCUGUUGCUUGAGAUUGAAGCUAGGGAACAAGAUUAUGGUAGUAGUAGUAGUAGUAGUAGUAGUAGUAGUAGUAGUAGUAAUAGUAAUAGUAAUAGUAAUAAUAGUAGUAGUAGUAACAGUGCUUUGUUACAGAGUGGGAGCUUGCAUGAUUCGAGCGUGAUGAUAUCAGGAAAGGUUUGUAGGUCAAACAGUGAGGUCUCUAGGUUAUUACAAAGGGAGGGUGGAAAUGCUGAGGCAAUAGUUCCCUUCAGCAAGUUGGCUUUUAGUGAUAGAAGAAAGUUGCUUGAGGUCACUAUAGGCCUAGUUCGACAAGAUGUUGCUGGCAUGGCUGCUGGACCGUUGUUUCCUAGAUUGAGAGAUGAUUGUGACAACUUUCAGAAAGAUUUGGUGCUUUUGAAGGAAAGAAGAGCAAUCCUUUGUCAAAUGUGUAGCAGUGGUAGUAGCCGGAUUGACAAUGAGGAAAGUUCUCAAGGAGCAGUUGGUCCAGUGCAAUUAGAGCUAGAUGACAUACGAAAGAGUUGUAAAUGGUCCAAGGAUUUGUCUGAUAUUCUGAACAAGGAAGAUGGUCACAUACAAUGCACCAAGAAGAAAAGUCUUGGUGGGUAUUUCUGGGGUAGCUUUAAACAAAUCAUUGGAAAAUCUAGUUCAGUUAAUGAGAGUCAUGCAAUUUUGAAGAAGCUUACUUCAAGACGUGAGAUAAAGCAUGCGCGGCUUGAAGAUUUUCUUAGAUCAAGUGAUACAAUAGGGCUAACAAUAAAGGCCUCAACUAUAAAAUUAUCUUCUUAUCGCGCAUGGCCAAAUAUGCCUGAUAGUUGGUUUGCACUUUACAAGAUGCCAUUGCAAGUUCCCUCAGCGGACCAAAUUUAUGCGGGUUUGUGGGGAGGAACUUUUGGUUGGCCUCCUGGAAAACCUUCUGAAGAUAAGCCAGGAAAGGCUCUAUUCUUUCUUCUCCUCUCUUAUGAGGAAUCCCAAGAACAAAAGCUUCUUAUUGCAACAAAAAUAUUGGAAGGCACUCAGUAUGUCUUGCAUCCUAAUGGUUCAGCAAUGUUUAUAGUGGAUAUCAAUGAUCCUUCAUUUGAUUCCUUUCCCUUGGACACCAAUAAAGACACCUUGUCAGUGGAUAUCAAACAUGCUUUCACAGGAGAGGGUAUUUCAAAUGGUUAUGGGUUCAGAUACCCUGGAUCAAAGCCCGGUUCCCUCUUUGUAUUUGAAAAUGGUGUCCUUGCCUUUGUUUGGAAGGACACUAGGUCUGUCUUGACUUUGCAAAGACUUGACUUGCAAGAACUUUUGAAGAAAGGAGAGAGAGUACCCUCUCUGCCUCCCAUCAACAAUUUUUCUUAUUUGACUAAGUCGUACUCAAAUGUGUUUACAGGCUUUCCUGGCGCUUCGACUUGCUCGCCUUUAUCAAGGUUUGACUUGACCCUGACAUGUCAAUUUGUUUUUAUAUUUCAAAUUCCCCAUCCUCCCCAAAAUCAAAAUCAUGCCAUGUUCUCCUUGCUUUAUGAUGUGUUAUAG